AUGGCCGUCGAACUUCACCGCGAGUCUCGGAUGACAGCCCAAGAGAAGAGAAAUCUGAGAAGGAUACUCAUUGCACUGGCCACUGUGACCGCAGAUGCUGAGCCACACGAUUCUGAUGAGGAGUGGGAUGAGUGGGACGAAGUCCUCGACGAACUCUGGGACGACAGUGACCUAGACUUUGAUGAAUACGAUUCAGAAGAGGAUGAGAUGACUGAAUCAGAAAAUCAAUUCACCAACCAAGAGGAGCGUCCUGAUGCGCGGUCACGGCAGACCACGAUAUCUGGGGAGGAAAGCGACAAUUUGCUGAACAGCAAUGGUUGUGGCAGAGAUUCGGGAGAACCAAAGGAGGAGCUUGAUGAAUCUCGCCGCAAUCAUAGCUAUCCUCCGCUCAUGGCCUUCCAUGAAGCAUCCAACGCUAGGCAGCCACCUAGUGGCCAGAGCGACGAACCACCAGCAGAUCGGACAUUUACAGGCCGCGUAUUCAGCCCGCCGUUGACCAUGGUAAUUGGGCCAAUCUACCAGCGACCCGAUACUCCGGACGAGAGUGCGGCAAACUAG